AUGGCCCAUACGUGUAUGUGCUGUGGACCGGUGAAGGCAGGUCAGGCGCGUAUCUUCUGGAACCUGGGCCAGUACCCGGCGGUGGCGGUAGCCGGUCUCGGUGAUGCGAGCAAAUGGGACGAGCUGGACGAGAUCGAUGGAGUGAAGGAGAAUGUGCGCAUAGCGGCAGCGGCCGGUGUGCGGGCUCUCGCGGCCAAUAAACUCCCGGAGAUCGUGCUAGAAGACCUGGAACACCCGCAGCAGGCGGCCGAGGGUGCCACGUUAGCCAACUACAAGUUCCAGUCGUUCAAGAGCGCUGACAAACGGACCAGCCUGCCGUCGGUUCGUUUCGCCGAUGAUGCCUCCGGCAAGGAAGACUGGCAACGGGGUGUCACCAUUGCCGAGGCGCAGAACUUUGCCAGAGUUUUGAUGGAAACACCGGCCAACCAUAUGACGCCAACGAUUUUCGCCGACACCGUACGGGAGCGAUUAGGUGCGGCCGGUGUCGAGGUGCUGGUGCACGACGAAGCAUGGGCCAAGGCGAAGGGUAUGGGUUCGUUCCUGUCCGUUACGAACGGUUCCGCCGAACCGGCGCGCUUCCUCGAGCUGACCUACAAGGGUUCGGCGAAACCGGACGAACCGUGCGUAGCACUGGUCGGUAAGGGCAUCACGUUCGAUUCCGGUGGCAUCAGCUUGAAACCUUCGGCCAACAUGGACCAGAUGCGGGCCGAUAUGGGUGGUGCGGCUAAUGUCGUGGGUACCUUGCUGGCGCUCGCCCAACUGAAGGCCCCGGUACACGUGAAGGGGUUCGUGCCGUUGUGCGAAAACAUGCCUAGUGGUACGGCCACCAAGCCGGGAGAUGUGGUGUACGCUAUGAAUGGCAAGAGCAUUUGCGUCGACAAUACCGAUGCCGAGGGUCGCCUUGUGUUGGCCGAUGCAUUGUGUUACGCCUCAACCUUCGAGCCAAAGUUCAUUCUGGACAUUGCCACGUUAACGGGUGCGAUCAAGGUGGCACUCGGAGACUGCGUGGCCGGUGUGUUCUCCAACAACAACGCACUGUGGAACGUAAUUCACGAGGCGGGCUCGCAGACGGGUGAUCGCGUGUGGCGUAUGCCGCUGUUCAAGCAUUACAGCGAGCAGAUGUGUGACCAUGGCGGGUACGAUCUGAACAACCUCGGGAAAGGCAAGGGCGGCGGUUCGUGUACGGCAGCCGCGUUCCUGCGGGAGUUCGUCCCGAAGGGUACUCCCUGGCUGCACGUCGAUAUUGCCGGUGUGAUGGGUGAUUGCAGUGAUCAGAGUUACACUGGUGCUAAGGGUAUGACGGGUCGACCGAUGCGUACGCUCGUUGAGUUCGUUACGAAGGCCAGCGGAAGUAUCUAA